AUGAUCAAAACACGUCUUGCUUGUAUUUCGUCCCUCGGGCUUGUCCUCGCUCUUGUCACAGCGGUCCAUUCGACAACAAAACAACUUCACCCUCGAGUUGAUGAUGACUCGACAUGGUAUUACAUCGAAACCAUGUGCUUUCCAUACUUUUCCAAUGCAAGUUGGUGGGGUGAGGGCGAGUCCACUUGGGAACGUCGCAAAAACCUUGCUGCCUCGCCAUUUCCCUGUGAACAAGGAGAUUACAUCAGCCGAGCCUGCGUAGCAAAUGGAACGACCGAGAUUGAUUUCCUUGCAGAGCAGCAGUGUCUCUGUAACGGAGCGUAUUUUGAAGUGGUAAUGGGAUGCAAUCAAUGCUUACUCUCACACGGCUGGGAAAGACCGGGACGAAGCGCAGAGGUAUUGGCAGAGAAUCUUUCGUGGUUCAGUAGCGCAGAGUGUUCUGCUACUCCUAUCUUGCGACCAUAUCGGAGCAUCGUAAAUACGGAUACCACCUACACGAGUUUUCCUCCUUUGAAGACUUUGUUGAACGACCGUUUUCCAAAUGACACGGCUGUUUCCAACUACUUCACACCUACAACGACGAAUCUACUAGGGGAGAUUACUGGAAGCGCAACAGCUAGAGUAACAACGCAUGUCAAAACUACCAGGUCUAAAGACUCUACUACAGCUCUGACGACUUCGAGUGUGCUUCUCAAUUCUCAGUCAAACGCGACUUCUGUUGUUAGUACGGCUAGCUCUGGGAAUGCGGGUGGAAAGUCAGAGGCUCGAGUGACGGCUGGAGUGUUGGCUGCUGCGCUAGGAAUUGUUGCACUCUUGUAG